CCAACGCCCACGACAACGCCCAGAUCCCAUUCCUCCACUGGAUUUCUAGCUCCGAAUCCACUCGAUCACCUCAAUUUGAAAUUCCUGUCAGAAGUCUGCCCGCACUCUCUCUCGUACCCGACUUUAUUCAGGCUAACCAACACCGGUACUUUUCAGACUUCAAAUGACGGCCGUGUCAGGGACCAAGGUACAAGCGCAGUCGACGCGAUAGCAUGUCUUUCAGUCGCGCCUACAGUGAAAAGUUCAUCAGCAGGAGCCAGAGUCCCAGUCGAUCUCUUACCUCGAGUCGCGAGUUUUUGGAUCCUGAACACUACCGCGAUGAGCACCUCGGCGGCAUACAUAUCUUCGUGAACAAGUUGAAAGCAGAGCAGUGGCCUAAAACGGCAGGCUCGAGUGGGAGCUCGAUCAUGAGAAGUCACCACGUGGUCUCGCUUCCCGUCGCGCCGCAGAUCAAAAUUGGGUGCUUCCCGCUAGCUGUCACCCGUGCCGCUACGGAAGAGAGCGCAGACACCGUUGUCCGGUGAACAUGUACACACUCAGGAGUCAAAUUAAGCAAGUAGAGUUAGA